GGCCGGAAGUUGCCGAGUACAGAUGCUUUAUGGCAGAAGCUGUUGGUUUCGGGAGCCUCUUAGGUGUCACGGUUCAGUAGUUUACCUUUAAAAUUAACUUUUUUUUUUCUUUUUUGAGUCUUCAGAAAGACAAAUUUCUCCACAUGUUAGGAGCUUGAGGCUGUCUUCUUUGUUUUUUGUUUGUUUGUUUAUUUUUUGAGACAGGGUUUCUCUAUGUAGCCCUGGCUGUCCUGGAACUCACUCUGUAGACCAGGCUGGCCUCGAAAUCAUAAAUCCACCUGCCUCUGCCUCCCAAGUGCUGGGAUUAAAGGCGUGCGCCACCAAUGCCCGACGAGGCUCUCUUCUUACACCCACUUAACCGGAUGGAUUGACACUCGAUCAAGACAGUAAGACAGUUCGCCACUUAACUGUGCAUGGUUUUAGUUCUGUUUGUUGGGGGACUCCCAGCCCCGGACGAUCUUCCCUCUGAGACUCCAGACACCUCCCCCAUUUGGUGUCUGUCCCCGGGGGAAGCCCAGCCCACUGGGUGCGACUAGGAAUGAAGCUGGACAGCGCGGAAGAGAAGUCGGGGGUCGACCACUCCCUGCCUGCAGAGGGGGCUCCCUCCGCCCUCGAACAAGCCUUCUCCAAGAUUCUGCACAGUCUCAGCUGCCAGGAGUCAUCAGGACAAGGCAACGCGAGGAAUGCCGCUCUUCAAGACCUCAGUGCUUUAAUAGAAGACGCCGAAUGUGACAAAUUAUUUGAGGGGACCGGGAGCGGUGGAUCCCUCCGGGGGAUGCCCGAGAUCCUGGGACAGGUGGUGAAAGCCCUGGAGAAGUUCGCAGCACCCAAGGAGAAGGCAGAUGGGGUCGAAGAGCAUCCCGAAGUGCCUGAGAAGGCAACUGAAGUUGGCUCACUAUUUCUAAAGCUGUUGGGGAAGGUUGAGACUGCUAAGAGUUCUCCCCACUGCCCUGCCUGGAAGACAGGCCUCCGCCACUUGUCAGGACCCGUGUAUAUUUUUGCCAUCACACACAGAUUGAAGCAACCAUGGACCAGUCCAAAAUCUCAGCAUGUUGCUGCGGAGGUGCUGUCUUUAUUGCUUAGAGUUAAUGAGUGCAGUUCUGUGGCAGGAUUCCUGUGCGGAGAAAAUGAAGAUGAUCGAGGGAGAUUUGCUGUGGUCUUGGGGCUUCUUAAGCCCCAUCUGAAUAAGGAAACCUGGAAAAAGAAUCCUGCUGUCAAACAUGUUUUCUCAUGGACUCUCCAACAAGUCACUCAGCCCUGGCUGAGCCAGCAUCUAGAAAAGAUACUUCCCCCAUCUUUGCUCAUCUCAGAUGACUAUCAAACGGAGAAUAAAAUCCUGGGUGUCCAGUGCCUCCAUCACAUUGUGGUUAAUGUGCCAGCUGCUGAUUUGCUGCAGUACAACAGAGCCCAGGUCCUCUACCACGCCCUUUUCAAUCACCUGUACAUGCCCGAGCACCACCUCAUUCAGGCUGUGCUCCUGUGCCUCUUAGAUUUAUUCCCUGUCCUAGAGAAGGCUCUGCAGUGGAAGGGAGAUGCAGCUCGAGCCACUACACACUGCCAUGAGGUGCUCCAGCUGAUCCUCACCCACAUGGAGCCAGAGCACCGCCUCCUCCUACGGAGGACCUAUGCCAGACACCUGCCAGCUUUCGUCAAAAAGUUGGGGAUCCUAACUGUCCGGCACUUGAAGAGGCUGGAGCGAGUUAUCCUUGGUUAUCUGGAAGUUUAUGAUGAACCAGAAGAUGAAACUAGGUUGAAGAUACUGGAAACCCUGAAACUUGUCAUGCAGUAUACUUGGCCCAGAAUUCCCUGCAGAGUUGUGGUCUUACUGAAGGCUCUCCUGAAACUGCUAUGUGAUGUAUCGAGGGAUACAAUCCCCACAACCGAGGCCGCUAAGAGUGCGGUGCUGCAGGAAGCCACAGACUGCCUGAUCCUCCUGGACCACUGUUCUCAGGGUCGGGUGAAGGGUCUUCUGGCUAAAAUUUCGCUAUCCUGUAAAGACAGCACAGUGGUGAGCUGCAUCAGGAAGGUGCAGCAGGGCUCUGCAGAUUCUCCAAGCGAUGACAUUCAAGAUGACUAACCAGAAGGAAAGGCUGCUCUUCUUAUCCCAGAUCAGACGGAUGGAGUUUUGGGGGUUAAAAAAUCUAUUUUUAUAUUAAAAUAUUGUAAGUUGA